AUGUCUCAACUACGUCUCACCAACGACCAGAAGCUGAGAAUCAUCAAACAUAAGGAGGAUCAUCCGAGCCUCACCCAGACAGAGCUUGGAAAUUGGAUGAAGGAGGCAUUCGGCCUCCCCAAACCUAUGACGCAGGCCUCAAUCAGCAAGAUCAUCAGCAAGAGGAAGGAGCUUGAAGCAAUGAGUCCAUCAAAGCUCUCUGCUAAGCGUCCCCGCUCAUUUAACAUCCUGCCUUGGAAGAAGCAGUGGUCCUCUGUAUUUUGCAGUGCCAGCAUCGUGGAGUUGCCCUCACCGGAGACCUGA